GAAGACAAUGGAUAGUUACUGUUAUCAUCACAUUAUUUGGUAAUUGGGUUAACUUUGAAAAGUCCCUUUGUUAUGGUUUGCUAUAUAAUACCCAACAUCACCAUAAUUUAUGUUCUUUGACAUUGUUUGUAUGUAGCUGUACCACCGUUUGGUUCUUUUCUCCCUGGUCUAGGCUAUUGAGAGUCAACACAUCAAAGACUCAUCCUAUGUAUUAAAAAGACUCAGUCUGUGCUUUAAAAAGUUUGUGACAUACAAUUUUUCCCUCUCAUAUUAAUUAGAGAUUUGUAUGACUACAAAUUGAUAGGAGUGUACAUAAACACUAUUCUCACACCAAAAGACUGUAUCCCAUUCACCCCCGACCCCUCACUGCCCCAGAAAGCUGAGUAUCCACCCUCACCGUCACUCCAGGGUUUUUACUUUGGUGCCGUACUUGAUCAUCUUGUUGUUGUUGUUGUUAAGUAUUUAUUUAUUUAUGAGAAAGAUAGGAGGAGAGAACCAGCCAUCACUCUGGUACAUGUUCUGUCGGAGAUUGAUUUCAUGACCUCAUGCUCGAGAGUCCAGUUCCUUAUCCACUGCGCCACCUCCCAGACCACCCCAUCUUUUUCUUUUACCACUGUGGCUUCAUUAUAAAUUCAUUAACCCACUGGCCAUUUUCUUUCUUAGUUAUAUUUUUGAAUUUAUAUAUAUUUUUAUUUAUUUAUUCCCUUUUGUUGCCCUAGUUGUUUUAUUGUUGUAGUCAUUAUUGUGAGAGGACACAGGUUCCAGCCCCCAACCCCCACCUACAGGAGGGAAACUUCAGGAGUGGUGGAGCAGGCUGCAGGGGCCAUACUAUCCAGUGAAGAGGCUGUGCUGCUAGGUUUAAACAGAGUCUCAAGCUAUUGCUGUGAUUGAUCUUCCAUUUUCUAGCCUGAAAGACAUUCAGAGAAAGAGAUGGCAGUUUCUUGGGGCUCAGUGACCUAUGAAGAUGUAACUGUGAUAUUCACUCAAGAAGAGUGGGCACUAUUGAAUUCUUUAGAGAAGAAACUCUACAGAGAUGUGAUGUGUGAAAACUUGAGGAACUUUCUUUCAAUAGAAAAAAUACAAGAACAUUCCACCAAACAGCAGCAUAAUUUGCAUGGGAGUCAACAAAGUAAUGCAGCAGUGAAAGUCUCUGAGGGCACAAAAAGUCAGAAUGGUAAAAAAUCUCAAGAAUGUGAAGUAUACAACAAAUCAUUCACUUAUUCUUUUCAUCUUCAACAACAUGAAAGAAUUUACAGUGGAGACAAACCCAGUGAAUGUAAAUUAUGUAGUAAAACAUUCAGUCAAGCUGGUCAUCUUCAUAUACAUGAACGAACUCACAGUGGAGAGAAACCCUAUGAAUGUAAACAGUGUAGUAAAACAUUCAGUUUUUGCAGUAGUCUUCAGGAACAUGAAAGAAUUCACAGUGGAGAGAAACCCUAUGAAUGUAAACUAUGUAAUAAAACAUUCAGGUUUUCCAGUAAUCUUCGGGCACAUGAAAGAAUUCACAGUGGAGAGAAACCCUAUGAAUGUAAACAGUGUAGUAAAACAUUCAGUUGUUCCAGUACUCUUCAAAAACAUAAAAGAGUUCACAGUGGCGAGAAACCCUAUGAAUGCAAACUAUGUAGUAAAACAUUCAGUUUUUCCAGUAAUCUUCGAACACAUGAACGAAUUCACAGUGGAGAGAAACCCUAUGAAUGUACAGAGUGUAGUAAAACAUUCAGUUGUUCUGGUAGUCUUCAAAAACAUAAAAGAAUUCACAGUGGAGAGAAACCCUAUGAAUGCAAACUAUGUAGUAAAACAUUCAGUUUUUCCAGUAAUCUUCGGACACAUGAAAGAAUUCACAGUGGAGAGAAACCCUAUGAAUGUAAACUAUGUAGUAAAACAUUCAGUUUUUCCAGUCAUCUUCGGACGCAUGAACGAAGUCACAGUGGAGAGAAACCCUAUGAAUGUAAACAGUGUAGUAAAACAUUCAGGCGAUCCAGUCAUAUUCGGAGACAUGAAAGAAUUCACAGUGGAGAGAAACCCUAUGGAUGUAAAAGGUGUAGUAAAACAUUCAGGUUUUCCCUUAAUCUUCGGGCACAUGAAAUAAUUCACAGUGAAGAGAAACCCUAUGAAUGUAAACAGUGUAGUAAAACAUUCAGUUGUUCCAGUAAUCUUCAAACACAUGAAAGAAUUCAUAGUGGAGAGAAACCCUAUGAAUGUAAACUGUGUAAUAAAACAUUCAGGCUUUCCAGUACACUUCGGAGACAUGAAAGAAUUCACAGUGGAGAGAAACCCUAUGAAUGUAAACUAUGUAGUAAAACAUUCAGUCGUUCCUUUAGUCUUCGGACACAUGAACGAAUUCACAGUGGAGAGAAACCCUAUGAAUGCAAACUAUGUAGUAAAACAUUCAGUUCUUCCAGUCAUCUUAAAAAACAUGACAAUUCACACUUGAGGGUAACCCUAUGCAUGUAAACAGUGUAAUAAAGCAUUCAGUUGUUCCAGUGAUCUUCAGAUACAUGGAAGAAUUCACAGUGGAGAGAAACCCUAUGAAUGUAAAAAUGUAGUAAAACAUUUCCUUGUUCCAGUCAUCUUCAGACACAUGAUAGAACUCACAGUACAGAGAAACCUUAUGAAUGUAAACAAUGAAGUAAAGCAUUCAUGGAGUCUAGUUCUCUUCAGUUACAUGAUAGAACUCAAGUGGAGAGAAAGCUUAUGAAUGUAAACAAUGUAAUCAAACAUUUAAGCCAGUUUUCUUUGGAGACAUGAAAGAUCUCACAGGGGAGAGAAACCCAGUGGAAAAUAAACAGCAGAACAUUGAUUCAAGCAGUUAUCUUUGUCAACAUGAAAUAACUCAGAAUGGAGAGAAAUUUGGUAAAUGUAAGCAGUGUUGAAAACAUGCUGUUAUUCUGGUCCUCUUUGUAUACAUGAAAGAAUUCACAGUGAAACAAAAUCCCAAGAAAGUCAUAAAGCUUUCAGAUGUUCCAAUAGUUUUCAAGUACAAGAAAAUAUUUGCAAUGGAAAUCAGUCUUGAGCAUAAACUGUACUAAAGAUUAGAUAGAGAGAUGCAACCUGAGACACGAUGCAGAGGCUAGUGGUUCAAUAUAAUAGCUCUCAGGUGUGAGCCUCUGCACUACAUGGGCUAGAGAUAUGUUCUGUUUUUAUUGUCUAUCCAUCUUGUGUUAAUAUAUAAGUAAAUAUGUCUAAAUAAUUGUAGGGAUCACAGGGCCAUGUGAACCCAUACCUCUGAAUAUUCUAUAAAUAUACGGAAUAUGA